AUGGACGCGGUCACGCGGCCGCACUUUUACCAUCACGGUAACCCCGGCCGUGAUGGCGAGAAGCAGCGUUGCCACUUUUGCCAGAUUCGCUCGUUCACGACGCACGCUCGGUUUCCCGUCACCAUCGUCAAUACCGAAGACGAUGCUGUGCUCGAUCCCGACUUCCGGUUUGUAGACAGCUCAAUCCUCGGCAAAGAUGUGGAGCCAACAAAGAAAGAAUUCCUCACCGGCUGUGAGUGUGUCGACUCGGACGAUUGUCAAUACAGCACGUGUAACUGCCUUCAGGAUGUUGAAGACGAUAGUUCUGAUGACGAAGAUGAUGACGAUUUCUAUGGCGAGAAACCCCGUAAAAGAGUUUACGCAUAUCAUUCGCACGGUACCAAAGCCGGUCACCUCCGUUCAAGGAUUCUCGCAUCUCGCAACCCCAUCUACGAAUGCCACGAAAGUUGCGCGUGCGGUCCUGAGUGCCCCAACAGGGUGGUGGAGAGAGGUCGCAAGAUACCAUUGCAGGUUUUCAGGACGAGGAACCGUGGCUGGGGCGUCCGAAGCACGGUAGACAUAAAGAAAGGACAGUUCGUGGACAAGUACAUGGGCGAGAUCAUCACCGCGCAUGAGGCCAACCGCCGACGCGCCAAAUCGCACAUUGCGCAACGUAAAGACGUCUACCUCUUCGCGCUCGAUAAAUUCUCCGAUCCGGGGUCGUAUGACGAGCGCCUGCGAGGGCCGCCGUUAGAAGUAGAUGGCGAGUUUAUGUCGGGUCCGACUAGAUUCGUCAACCACUCAUGUAACCCGAAUAUGCGCAUCUUUGCGAGAGUGGGCGAUCAUGCAGACAAGCACCUUCAUGAUCUAGCGUUGUUCGCGAUCAGGGAUAUACCAAGAGGCGAGGAACUGACGUUCGACUACGUGGAUGGAGUUGACGACUCGGAAAAUGACGCCCUCGACCCGGAAAAACAAAAGGACAUGACAAGAUGUUUGUGCGGCAGCGAGGAUUGUAGAGGCUAUCUAUGGUGA